GCGCACGUAUAUUUUGGUCAAUUCCCUACUAUUUAAAUUGAGGAGUUCAGAUCUAGUGUCAUUCACAUUUCGUCGCCUUCUGAAGUAAUAUCGAAAGUUAUUACGAUUUCAGAAAAUGGACUUUUCAAAGAUUUUUUUCUUUGUCUUCGCCUGCCUUUUGGCUUUGACCUCGGUGAAUGCUGCGCCCAGUCCCAAAUGGAAGAUUUUCAAAAGAAUUGAAAGAGUAGGCCAAAACAUUCGUGACGGACUUAUCAAGGCCGGCCCAGCUGUUCAGGUCGUCGGCCAGGCCGCCACAAUCUACAAAGGAUAAACAACCUUAACACCAUUAAAAUAGGGUUGAAUUUUGCGCUAGCAAAACUAGUUAUAAGUUAAUCAGCAUUUACUCGCCAAAGCCAACAAUGUAAAAUAAUAAGCACUCGAACUAAUCGUAAGAAUACUCAUAAUUGUAAAUUAAUUGUUAUGCCAUUUUUAUAGUAUUAUUUAUUGUACAAAAUAAAUUACAUACAAAGAG